AGCUGUGUCACAUUCUGCACCGCGUAUCCGCUGCUCUGCAAGGACCCGGCCAACGUUACACUCCGCGGGAACUUUGCCGCUCCGAACGGAGACUACUACACUCAGUUUUGGCCAUCACUGGCUGCAUCUGGCAAUCCCGACAACUACCUCUCCUGCGGCGAGUGUUUCGAGCUCAUCCGUACCAAAGCUGACGGGACGGAUUACGCCGUCGGUGAGAGCGGAUAUACCGAUCCCAUCGUCCUCGAGGUAGUAAACAGCUGUCCCUGCGAUGCAAAUUCAAAAUGGUGCUGCGGAAGCGGCGCAGAUCACUGCGGCGAGAUCGAAUUCAAGUACGGCUGUCCCCUGCCGGAAGGAUCCCAUCACAUGGACCUCUCCGAUAUCGCCAUGGGCCGACUCCAAGGCAACGGCAGUCUCACCGACGGCGUGAUUCCCAUCGCUACCGGCGCGUGCCCUGUCCCAAGCUGGGGAAUAUCUAUAUCUGGCUUCAUGAUGGGGCUGGACCGUAUUAUUUUGCGCUGAGCGCGGUGAAUACCAACGGUCCCGGCUCUGUAACUAGUGUUGAGGUACAGGCUGGUGGCUCCGGGCCAUGGAUUGCACUCGAGCACGAUCCGAACUACACCAGUAGUCGGCCGCAGGAGCGGUAUGGCUCUUGGGUUCUCCCGCAGGGCAAGGGGCCCAUUACUGCGCCUGUUGCGAUGAGGCUGACGGCGCCGGAUGGGAAGCAGGUGGUUAAGGAGGGCGCGAUUACCAGCUUUACCCCACCGGCGACUGCGGUCAAGGGGUUUUGGUAUAUUGAUCUGGGGUGCAGUUUACCUAGGAAGAUAGGGUGUAGGUAGUGCCAGGCAGAUAGUGACCCAGGAUUCAAAU